GAAAAGCAAACAUCCCAGUUCGAGCCCCAUAAGUCAUUGCAUGCGAUUGAUGGAGGGUCACUGGUCGACUACAUCAGAUACAGCUUCCCAAAGCCUCUACACGAUGUCAAUCCCAACGUCUUUGCUGAUGUUUCCGUGAAGGUCGAGGAGUCUGACCAGGACUUUGAGGGGUUAGAUUUUAUUACACACGACGGAAGCCAUCCGCUGCCUAGUACCGAGGAGAGUCUUGCGAUUGAUGAAUCGCAGUCCCAGAGAAAGGAAAACACCACGCCCCUUGACUCUGACUACAGUUUUUCGCCUCACCCAAAAUCGAGUAGUCGAUUCGAUCGCAACGAAGCAUGGAAUAUUGCCGAACAUGUACGUGCUGAAAGUCGACAUCCUCCCACUGCCGUUAAGACAUUGAGUCCCUUCAAGAGACAACGUGGAAGGCCCUCAUCAAAGUUUUACAAAAAGAUAACUGUUGAGAAUUACAAGACGUUAUCAGCGCCGGGAACUUUACCCCUGCAUCAGAGUAUCAGGGAUGGCUUUGACACAGGGGAAACCGACGUUUCUGGCAAGCCACAGAGCACCAAACGGCGAAAGAGAUCCCCGGCUCCGCCCGGAAUUGGGCCUCUUUCUGUGUCUUUUGGCAUCAAACCUACAACAUUUCGAAGUAUCACCAAGGGUUUGAGAAGGCGUGAAAAAUUUGUGAUCGACCCUGAUCUACUUAGGAAUACCGAAGUCAAGGCAACAUCCAAAGCAGUCAAUCUAUUGGGAAUGCAACAGUCUCCAGGGAAAACCGCCCCCACUAAUUUCCAUCACACCAAGACGAAUGCUAUCACUAGAGAGUCUGGAAGCCCAAGAGUCUUGCCCCCCCUGCGAACCAUCGAAGUAGGGCCAGCGAACAGGGAACUAAGACACCGUACCAAUAUCUUGCCCAUUGUCUCUGACCUCGCUAAAGACAUCGAUCACGCGAGACAUUCGACACUGGAGUCAGACGGAGCAAGUGGAUUUUCUCCGGAUGAUUUCCACCUAGGUACCUCGUUCAUCUCGCGGGAGACUUCAGAUAUGGGGCAGCAUGACGACGAGCUUGGUUUGAAUGAGGCGGCAGCGACAGACAGUGCAACACCGACCGGCACCAGUAAGAUGAAGCCAGGCGCUGGACGCAGGAGGUUGUCUAGUCUUAUGAGCACCGGGAAGACGUACGUUAAAGGAGAAACCCGAAAGGUUUCGCCACCGUUGGCUGGAUCUGUGUUGCACGGAAGACCUGCCACUUGGGCUGGCGCAUUCGGGGACCUAAGACCACGUCCCAUCAAAGCCUUGCCCCGCGAGAACAGGAAUUUGGGAUCCAAGACCACGACAUACCCGGUUACACUGUAG